UCCUCCUCCUCCUCUCUUACGUCACGGCCGCCCGCAUCGUCCAGGGUAACUCGAGUUCCCCUCUUCACAGAGUUUGUCAGCAAUGUGGGCCACGCGCUUUUGUUUCCAUGGAGACUGACAGGACGUCACUCAGCGCGCAGAGGAACCGCUGCUGAAGCUUCUUCAGAAUACAGCAUGCCAUUUUACAGCAAUGUCUACUACCCGUUUUCAUCAGAGCCCCACAGCGCUCAUGCCACAUCUUUGAUGAAUUCCCCUGAGUGUCAGCCAUCCUCAGACCAGCAGAUCAGACCUCCCGGCUUGGCCAUGUCAGGAGCCUCCGUUCCUCCUCCGUUCAAGUUUCGCACCCGUCGCGAGAGUGUGGACUGGCGUCGGAUUAAUGCAAUCGAUGUGGACCGGGUGGCCAGUGAGCUGGACUUUCAGAUGCUCCAGGAGCACAUCGCAGGGGUGACAUUCUGCAGCUUAGAAGGUGAGCGAUGCCUGAACUGUCAGAGCCAAGUGGACCCGGCGCUCCUCAAGCUCUUCCGGCUAGCCCAACUCACAAUUGAAUACCUGCUGCACUCUCAGGACUGCCUGACUCUCAGCCUGCAGGCUGCUGAGCAGCAGCUUCAGACCGAGACCAGAGAGAAGCAGCAUCUCCAGGUGCAGCUGCAGAAGCAGAGCCAGGACGCCAAGCUGUUAAAAGAAGAGCUAAAGCAGCGGAAGAAGAUUAUUGCCUCUCAGCAAGCCAUGAUCAGUGCAGGCCUAACUAAUUACCAUAAGUGCCAACAUUGUGAAAAAGCCUUCAUGAACAUCUCAUUCCUGCAACGUCACCUGCAACGCAGGCAUCCUGUGGAGCAUGACAUUAAACUGAUCGCUGAUAAUCAGAAGGAUCUUCAGACAAAAAAGCUACAAGAAGAGAUCAUCAGGCUGCAGGAUCAGCUAACCCUGGCUAAAUCUGAAAUGGAGACCCAGCAAAAGGAUUACAAUACCAAACAGGAGAAGGAUCUAACUCAGAAGCAGGCUGACUUUAUGAAACAGCUGGAAAUCUGGAAGGAAAAUGAGCGUGUGCGCAUGAACAGCAAAAUUGAUGAAGUUAAGCAGGCCUGUCAGAGAGACAUGGACUCCAUGCAUCAGAAAAACAGAAACCUAGAGAAACAAGUGUUGAAGCUGCAGCAAAGCAGUAAGAUGCAGGAGAACAUGCAGCCUGUGCAGGGACAAGCAAGUUCGGUGCGGAGCAGUGAAGACAAACAGAAGCAGGAGGUUACUCAUCUCCAACAGAAGCUCCACCAACAGGAAAUCAAGUGGGCAGCAAAAAUGCAAAAAAUAAAGGAAGAAUACGAGAGCGAGAAAAAUCAGCUCCAGACAGCAUUGGCACAGACGCACUCCACUGUCUCCAAGGAGAAGAAAAGGUUAGAGAGGCAGGUGGAGGAACUGGAAGUCAGGCUGGAAGAGCAGCAGCAGCUCAUCACAUCCCAAAACAUGCAGAUAAAAUAUUUCUCACCUAAGUCAACAAUGCAACAAGAAGAGUUUCCAGCUGUUGCAGCAGCUCCAGAACCUAAAACGAGAGUGGUGGUCAGUGAGCAGUCCAGCUUGGUCUAUAAAUUGGAUCCUAUAGUGGAGCUUUCAGAGGAGGACAAAGAUUCAUCAAGCUUCUCAGAGGGCCCUGCUGAGAGCCAGUCAAGGCAGCAGAAAGUGAAAGAGCUACUGAAGAACCCCAGCCUCAAAAGGGACAUGCACUUGGCUGUGCAGCAAAGCCUCCAUGACAAGCUGUUACAAUUAGGCAUUGAGCCUGCUGUUCGUGGGCUCUCUAAGACAACAUUUGAUAGCGCCUUGGCUCGUGUGGUCUCUGAGAGGCAGCAGAGGCAGAGGGAAUGUACUGAGUACCGUAAGAUGCAGAUAGAUCUCAGCCAAAAUCUAGACAGAAGAGUUAAGGAACGGAGCACACGUCCAGUUGCCAAGCCCAAACAAUCAGGACACGUUCGAACGCUACCUCAGUCCAGGCCACGGUCCAACAGUCUUCCUGUUACAGUCACCAAAGUAGCGUCAGGCCCUCUGGCCAGACGGCAGUACACACCGCAGCCAGCUCAUCAAAACAACACUUCCACUCGUCCCACAACCUCCACGCCAAUGGCCCCUCACAAAGUCCCUCGAUUCAGUCAAGAUGAAGACUCCUCAGAAGAAGAGGAAUCUACCAAAGACUCUCCUCAGGCACAGAAAGCCACAGUGAAAAGCCACUCCCCAGGAGUUCAGCAGCACACUGCUCCCCCAGCUCUAGCCUCAUUUCAGAAAGCAGCACAGAGCUCUGGAUCUCACCAGGCCCCAGUGUUUAGCAAGAUGGAAGUGACCGUGCAGGAAAGCGAGAGUGAGUGGACAGAAGGCAGCGAGAUGGAGGAGAUUUCCUUAGAUCAACUGCAGAAGCACACAGACCAGAAUGGAAAUGUUCCAAAGACUUCAUGCAGUUAUGUGAAGGCACUAAGCAAUAAUCUGGAGAAGCAGCCUGCAGACCAAGGGCAUAAAAGAACAGCAGGAGUUGCCAUCCCAGAUAAACCUACUGGAGUCACUAACACAAAUGAUGCAGUGUGGGAGAUUAAACACACUGAUUUCGCAGACGAUAACGACGAUGACUGGGAUAUUUCCUCUCUAGAGGAUGUCCCUCCUGCACACAAAUCCGGUUCUGCCCCUGUAAAGAACAGCAUAGACAAGAGUCUUGACACCAGCACUAGUGUGUGGGGAACUUUUACUGGCAAAGGACAAGAGCCAGGUCUGAAAGAUACUGGCAGCACUCUGAAGAGCAGUAUUGUGACAGUUAGUGACUGGGAUGACUCAGAUGGCACAUAAAUAUAAUAGCAUUUAGCAAUAAGCAAUAAUAAUCCAAAAAAACAACACACAGAAUAAAAUGGACUAAACAGAUUUCUUUAUUUUGAAUGCUGCUGAUGGAACAUGUUCAGAGAUGUUUGCGCUAAUAUGCUGCAAGUCGUACACAUAAAUAUUCAAGUAACUGUAAUAAUACUCAAGAUCCUUAGUACAUGUGGUGAAGUUCAAAACUAUUCAGGGACCACAAAAGCAAUAUAGUCUUUUCUUUGUACUUCACAAUGUCGUUGAUAUAUAGUGUUAAAAAUUUUACAUAAAUUUUAAACCUUAUGUGAAUUUAUAGUAAAUUUUCAUGGAUUUUUUUUUUAUCAUGGAAAAAAGUGUGUAAACAGUACAGUUUUGUUAAAUUGUGCUUUACUUUUUUGUUUCUAAGACUAUGCAUAUCUGUGUAUCUGAGGUGUGCGUGGAACUGUUUUUUCCCCCCCAUUCACUCCCAAAAGGAAUUCUGACUAAUCCCCCACUGUUCUCGCAAAAAGUUUGACCCACAGUUAUAUUUUUUGUUUGCUCCAUGUGCAUUUUUUUAAAAGAAAAGAUACUGCUAUUACCAUUAUUAUCAAUGCUGCAUGAACUAAUAUGUUCAAAAAAAUAAUUUUUUUCUUUACAAAGACUGUGACUGUCAUCUACUAUGACUGUCGGUCAUAUAAGAAUUUCCUCUGAAUGGGUUAUGUUCCUUUAUUGUACCUUGUUGCUCUUUGGCAACAUACAUGUAAUGAUAAAAUGAAUCAUUGUUAAAAACAAAAAAAAAGAUAAUGCAUAAUAGUUCUUUAGUUACAAUAGCUGUUAACAGAAUAGCUAUUGAUUAACUGAUUAACAGAAAUUUGAAGAAGUCUUGUAAGGGUAACUAAAAGUGAUGUUGGUCUGGGGAAAAAGAGAGGGAUCCCCCUUUAAGGAGAGAUUUACACAUCAUGUAUCUUACAUAUGCUGUAAGUGGUACCAUUAAGGCACACCUACUGUUAAACUGGUGAAUACAUUUUUGUAAAUUGUAAAAAAUCUAUUAUCCAUCCAUCCAUCCAUUGUAAGGAGUGAGCUACACAAAGGUUUUUUUUUUUAUUAUUAUUCUGAAUGGACUGAUUACUACCUUUUCAGAGAAUGUGCAUGCUUUUAUAAAAAUACCUUUUUUUGGAGUGUACUAUAAAUUCACAUAAUUAAAUUUCAUCCCUGGUUAUCUUUU